AUGCUGAGAGCAAGAACCGCAAAGACUCUUGGCACAGUGGCAAGGACCACGAGGGCCAUCCAGUAUUACCGAUCUGUCGUUAAGGCUGCUGCGCUCCCUCAAAAGAGGUUUGCAUCUACUUUGAACGUACACGACGUGGCGAAUGUCAAGCCAAACCACAUUAUUAAGACUCCAGCAUGGCAGGAGUUCCAACAUCAAUUGAAAACUUCCAGGUACACGGAGCAGCUCACACAACUGGAAGACCAGUUUGCCAGGGAUACGUUGGCUGCAUACUCUUACAGAAGUAUCCUAGCGAAGGAUGAUAGUGCCAAAAAGGACGAGGAUGAUAAGAUAGUACCCGAAGAGAAGGACAAGGACAACGAGGUUGAGCCCACACGGGAUGAUGAAACUACUACUAACAAGAGUCCGGAAAGUGAAGUUUCCAAAAACUCUAAAAGCUCGGCAUCUGGGAGUGGACAGUCCUCUUCCAGUCGAUCGGAUACCGGAGAUGGCAAUCCAAAACAGAAACCGCCAAAGCCAGAAGUACCAGAAGUCUACCCGCAAAUGCUGGCAUUGCCAAUAGCUAGGCGCCCCUUAUUUCCAGGGUUCUACAAGGCGGUUGUAAUAUCGGAUGAGAGAGUUAUGAAGGCCAUCAAGGAAAUGUUAGACCGUCAGCAACCCUAUAUCGGUGCCUUCAUGCUGAAGAAUUCAGAGGAAGAUACCGAUGUGAUUACGAGUAAAGACGAAGUGUAUGAUGUUGGUGUUUUGGCCCAGAUAACCAGUGCCUUUCCAAGCAAAGACGAGAAAACGGGCACCGAAACGAUGACCGCUCUUCUGUACCCUCACAGAAGGAUAAAGAUUGAUGAGUUAUUUCCACCUAACGAAGAGAAGGAAAAACUAAAGGAACAAGCAAAAGAAAAAGAUGUGGAAACAGUCGUCACUGAAGCUGCUGAAAUUAAGGAAGAUCARGCAGAAAAUGCUAAUGCCGGCGGCGCGCCCAAGCUGGAAGACAUUGUUGUGGAAAAAAUACCAGAUUCAGAAUUACAGCAGCAGCAGCAGCACAAAAAAAUAGAAGCUUCAGAAGAAGAGCCUGACGAAUUGGACGAUGCUCAAGAAGGUGAUGAUGUGAACCCCACAGAGUUUCUAAAGGACUACAAUGUGUCGCUGGUUAAUGUCUUGAAUUUAGAAGAUGAACCAUUUGAUAGAAAGUCACCCGUUAUUAAUGCGCUAACAUCUGAAAUCUUGAAAGUUUUCAAAGAAAUUUCGCAAUUGAACACCAUGUUCAGAGAACAAAUUGCCACUUUUUCAGCCUCUAUUCAAUCCGCCACCACGAACAUUUUCGAGGAACCGGCUAGAUUGGCCGAUUUUGCUGCUGCUGUUUCUGCUGGUGAAGAAGACGAAUUGCAGGAUAUCCUGUCGUCCCUAAACAUUGAACACAGACUAGAAAAAUCGUUGUUGGUUCUUAAGAAAGAGUUAAUGAACGCAGAAUUACAAAACAAAAUAUCUAAAGAUGUGGAAACGAAGAUCCAAAAGAGACAAAGAGAAUACUAUUUGAUGGAACAGCUAAAGGGUAUCAAGAGAGAAUUGGGUAUCGACGAUGGUCGUGAUAAACUUAUUGAUACUUACAAGGAAAGAGUCAAGUCAUUGAAACUGCCCGAAAGCGUUCAAAAAAUCUUUGAUGAUGAAAUCACUAAGCUAAGUACCUUGGAAACCUCCAUGUCCGAAUUUGGUGUCAUUAGAAACUACCUGGACUGGUUGACCUCGAUCCCUUGGGGGAAACAUUCCCAAGAACAGUAUUCCAUUCCAAGAGCCAAGAAAAUUUUGGACGAAGAUCACUAUGGUAUGAUAGACGUUAAAGAUCGUAUUCUGGAAUUUAUUGCUGUUGGUAAACUAUUAGGUAAAGUCGAUGGUAAGAUCAUCUGUUUCGUUGGUCCACCGGGUGUUGGUAAGACGUCAAUCGGUAAAUCUAUUGCCAGAGCUCUUAAUAGAAAGUUCUUCAGAUUCUCUGUCGGUGGUAUGACAGAUGUGGCGGAAAUUAAAGGUCACAGAAGAACGUACAUCGGUGCCUUACCGGGUAGGGUAGUCCAAGCCUUGAAGAAAUGUCAAACCCAAAAUCCACUGAUUUUGAUAGAUGAAAUCGAUAAGAUUGGGCAUGGGGGUAUCCACGGAGAUCCUUCCGCGGCAUUAUUGGAGGUACUUGACCCCGAACAAAACAACAGUUUCCUGGACAACUACUUGGAUAUCCCUAUUGAUUUAUCAAAAGUGCUGUUCGUUUGUACAGCCAAUUCUUUGGAGACCAUCCCAAGACCUUUGCUGGAUCGUAUGGAAGUCAUUGAAUUGACAGGGUAUGUUGCCGAGGAUAAAGUUAAGAUCGCCGAACAAUACUUGGUUCCAAGUGCCAAGAAGAGCGCCGGCUUGGAGAAUUCACAUGUUGAUAUGACAGAAGAUGCGAUCACAGCAUUAAUGAAGUACUACUGUAGAGAAAGUGGUGUGAGAAAUUUGAAAAAACACAUUGAGAAAAUUUAUCGUAAAGCAGCCUUACAAGUUGUCAAAAAAUUGAGUAUUGAGGACUCCCCAACAUCUUCAGAUACACAAAAAGACACCGCCAAAUCCAAGGAAACUGCUUCCUCAGAAGAUAAAACAAGCAAAAAUGUGGAAAGCUCAUCAAAGAUGAGUAAAGAUAUCGAUUCAAAGAAGACGAGCGAUGACAUAGAGGCUUUAAAAACUUCUGAUAAAAUCAAUGUUUCCAUAUCUCAGGACAACUUAAAAGACUACGUCGGACCCCCAGUGUACACGACAGAUAGACUAUAUGAAACAACCCCACCGGGUGUAGUAAUGGGACUAGCAUGGACAAACAUGGGUGGUUGUUCACUAUACGUUGAAUCUGUCCUUGAACAACCACUACAUAACUGUAAGCACCCGACCUUUGAAAGAACAGGGCAAUUGGGAGAUGUUAUGAAAGAAUCAUCAAGACUGGCUUAUUCAUUUUCCAAAAUGUACUUAGCACAAAAGUUCCCCGAAAACAGAUUCUUCGAGAAAGCUUCUAUCCACUUGCAUUGUCCGGAAGGUGCCACCCCAAAAGACGGCCCAUCUGCUGGUGUCACUAUGGCCUCCUCCUUCUUAUCCCUAGCUUUAAACAAGUCGAUUGAACCAACAGUUGCAAUGACCGGAGAAUUAACGCUCACGGGUAAAGUUUUACGUAUUGGUGGGUUAAGAGAAAAAGCCGUGGCGGCCAAGAGAUCCGGUGCUAAGACCAUCAUUUUCCCUAAGGAUAACUUAAACGAUUGGGAGGAACUUCCAGAUAACGUAAAGGAAGGUCUGGAGCCUCUGGCUGCGGACUGGUAUAAUGAUAUAUUCCAGAAAUUAUUCAAGGAUGUGGAUACGAAACAAGGUAAUUCAGUGUGGAAGGCUGAAUUCGAAAUUUUGGAUGCUAAAAAGGAUAAGGACUAA